AUCAUAAAAAUAUUUCAAUAAUUCGAAAAAUUUGAAUAAUAAAUUAGGUUGUGAUUUAUUGUAAUGGAAAUAGAAAUAAACGAAUGUUUUGAUAGUACACAUAUAUAUGAUUACACUACUUGCGAUGUUAGUAUUUUACCGAAAACCGUACAAUACAGUAAGUUUUAUAAGGAUUAUAUUUACAACAACUUCCCGUGUAUAAUAAGAAAUAUUAGUUCUGACUGGGAAUGUUCUGCUACUUGGGUUAAAGACGACACAAUAAAUUGUGACCAUUUCAUAGCCAAGUACAGUGAUCUUAAUGCUCCAGUGGCAGAUUGUGAUACCUUCGCUUAUAAUGCGCAAACUAAAAACGAUCUUAAAGUCAGUGAUUAUAUGAUGUACUUAAAAACUAAAGAAAGGGAAAAGCUGCUAUAUUUGAAAGAUUGGCAUUUGAGGAGAGUCCGUCCUAAUGACAACUUCUAUGAAGUGCCAGUCAUUUUUGGCUCAGAUUGGCUCAAUGAGUAUGCGCAAGAUCACCAAGAAGAUGAUUUUAUGUUUGUUUACAUAGGACCCAGCGGUUCUUGGACACCUUUACAUGCAGACGUUUAUAGUUCCUAUAGCUGGUCAGUAAAUGUUGUUGGUAGAAAAAAAUGGAUUUUAUUUCCUCCUGGAGAAGAAGAAAAACUUAAGGAUCCUUUAGGAAAUUUACCACUUAUAUUUGAAGAGACAAAAUUUGAAAAUGUAACACAUUUUAAAGUAAUACAAGAAAAAGGUGAUGCUAUUUUUGUGCCUUCAGGAUGGCAUCAUCAAGUUUCCAAUGAGCUUGAUACUAUAUCCAUUAACCAGAACUGGAUUAAUGCUUGCAACAUAGAAGAAGUUUGGAAAGCUUUGGCCAAAUGUUUGUUAAGUGUGGAACAUGAGAUAAAAGAGUUUCAAAGCACUCCAGAGUUUGUGAGCCAAUGCCAGCUAAUCUUAAAAUCAAUGUUUGGUAUGGACUUUGAAUAUUUCAUUAACUUCAUCUGUUAUUUAGCUAAAAAGAGGCUUAGUGAACUGGAAGGAAACAGUUGCAUUGUAUUCAACAAGUAUAUAUUAGGCAAAAACCAUGUCACAUUUGAUUUGAAAAAGUUACUAAAAAUAAUAGACUUAUUUAAUAACCACCCCUUGAUUGUAAAUAAUUCCCUAAAUAUUGAUUGUAAAUAUGACACUCUCACCAUUAAACAACAAAUAAUCAACAAGGUUCAGUAAACCAUUAUAAUUUUGA